GAAUCGCAGCAUUGUUACCACAGGAGAAGCAUUCGGUUUCUCUUAGGCUUAUCUGAAGGUCAUUUUUCCAUCGAGUUUGGAGACAAGAGACUGGAACUAUCCUAUCGCCGCGUCGGAAAAUCAUUCAUCAUCGAGUACCCGUGGGGAUCAAAGACGAGCCUUUCCAAUCAGCGCACAGCGCUUUCCCUGUCAAAACUCUCUAGUUAUCAGUUUGACUAGGAGAUGGCUGACAGAGGGAUGGUUGUUUCCUCGUCUGCGAUGACAUUGGCACGGUUGGCCCUGGUAGCCGUGUUAGGCGUGGUGUGCCAUGCGGCGCUGGCGGAGGAGGAUAGCAUCAUCGUGGACGGUAACAUCACACUCGGCGGACUGUUCCCCGUGCACAGCCGGGGCUCGAACGGUGUUGGGUGCGGGGAGGUGAAGGAGGAGGCCGGCAUCCAACGCAUGGAGGCGAUGCUGUACGCCAUAGACAAGAUCAACCAGGACGACACGCUCCUACCAGGUGUGUCCCUAGGCGCACACAUUCUGGACACCUGCUCCAGCGACACCCAUGCUCUGGGGGAAGCCCUGGCCUUCGUCCGGUCCAUCAUGGACCGGGACGUCAGGGACGCCGUGUGCAAGGACGGCGCGCCCGCACUCAAGAAGCGCCGCCGACCCGUCGUGGGCGUCAUCGGGGCCGCCUCGAGUUCAGUGUCCGUCGACGUCGCCAAUAUCUUGCGGCUUUUCGAGUCUUAG